AAAAAAAACCGCGAUUAGGAGUUUCCGUUAAUUUAUGAUGUACCGAUAAGAUAAUGGUAUUCCUUGAAGAUGAGGAACAGCAUCAAUGGCACUAAACCGUUACCACUUCCCUCAUUUUCGACCCGCCUCUUCCCGACAAUGGCCACUCCUUACCUCCAUUCACCACCGACCGCAAACCCUAUCCUCCACCACUGCUCUGCCACGUCAACCCUUCGAAACACGGCCAUUCCAACUUCCACUACUCACCACAGGGUACAAGUGUGGUGGCUAACAUGUUUUGGUGAUAUUUGGUGGAGAUGGUUUUCUAGACUUGUCUCCUUUUACUUGCUCUCUCUCAAUCUCGUUGCUGCACCUUCUGCCUAUCCAGCUUCCUCUACUUCUUAUGCCUGCGAGCACAUUGAUGCUUAUUAUUACCCUGUCAUGCAUUUAAGAGGUGAACUACUCAAGAAGAAAUUGAACAGCAUCGUUGCCCCUCACCAUUCCUUGUCCUAUCAAGAGGUGUGGGAUGCCCUCAAGAUUCUUGAUGCUGCUGAUAUUGAUAAUCCAGAAGCUUCUUCGGGGAUAGUGGAAAUAUACUCAUUGAGAGUUGUCUCAAAACGAUUGUCAGGAAAACCGCAGGGAUGGAAUAGUGAGUCAACUAAACAAUUUGUUGGACUUUCCAUGUCAAACAAAGAAGCUGCAUGGACACUGAAAACAGACAAGCAGAGGUGGGCACCGCUGCAAGGAGAUCUUCUUGCAGUCAAUUCAUCAAGGGGAAAUAAGUAUUAUGGUGAAUGCAUGACUAGCUCAAACAAAUGUUUGAGUCCAGCAAACAAAGAAGCUGCAUUGGACACUGAAACAGACAAGCAGAGGUGGGCACCGCCUGCAAGGGUUAGAGGGGAUAUCGCAAGGGCUUUAAUGUACAUGGCAGUCGCUUAUGGGUUUCAGCAACCGGGGGGAAAUCCAGGUCUUCGCCUCUCAGAUACUCCAAAUGUUGAGAACAGGGAAAUGGGGUUGCUUUCCACAUUAUUGAAGUGGAACGAAGUGGAUCCCCCUUCGAGGGAAGAGAAGUUGAGAAAUGAAAGAAUAUGCAAAAUGUAUCAGCAUAAUCGGAAUCCCUUUGUAGAUCAUCCUGAGUAUGCUAAUCUUAUAUGGAAAUGGAAGCCAGUUGUUUCAAGACCUAUUCCAUUCAGUGAUAAUGAUAAUAAUGCUAUCUCAUCAAAGACGAGUUACCUAGUGUCUCCAUCAAACAAACUUGUGCCUCACGCAUCAUAGUGCUUCCUCCUUUUCAUUCUCAUUUUUUGUUUCGUAAAAAUAAAAUGUGUAUAGAUAUUUCCUAAAGGAAUGUAUAUUAUUCGCCUUUUUUGGAGGAAAACUGUCUUUCUCAUGUGAUUUAUUGACUUUUUUUUUAAUUAAACAUACAUUUAUAUUAUC